AUGUUGUUGCGUAAUAACAAUGUCAUCACUUCCUCUUCAUUGUUCAACAAUACAUCAGCAUCAAUGGUCUCAUCAAUAACAUCAACAACAACAAGAUCAUUCGCAACAGAUGCUAAGAAACCAAAGAAGGAGAAGGCACCAAAGAAGGAGAAGGCCAGCAGCAAAGAGGACAGUGACAACAUACAGGAGCAGAAUGAGGAUGGCACACCAAAGGUGGCUGCAGCCACCACCGUCGAUGACAAGGUGAACAAGAAGGCAUUGCUCAAGCCAAGAAACAACAAGUUGGACAAGAAUGACACGACCACUGUGCUGCUGUCGAGGGCACAUUCCAAGACCACCACCGAGCAGAAGUCUGUCUCAUCACCCGUACCAACCAUCACCUACGAACAGCUGAAGGAGCUACUCACCGGUGCCUCCCAACCAUACACACUCAUCGAUCUCCGUGAUCCCAAGGAGUUCUUUGGUGACUCCCCCAUCAAGCAGAGCAACAACAUGCCAAUGGAGUAUGAGAUUACAAAGACAGAGGAUCAGAUUGAGAAUGAGAAGAAACAGAAGCAAAAGUCUCAGAAGGGAAAGGGCAAGAAGAAGGAGGAGACAAAGGUUAAGUUGGUGGAUGACUCCAACUUCUGGCAGAAGAGUUUAAAGCUCACUGGCGCUCAGUGGAAGGAGAAGUAUGGCUUCACCAAGGUGCAGCCAGAAGACCGUCUGAUUUUCUACUCUGCCAACAAUGGUCGCAGUGCCAUGGCAGCCGAGAUGGCCAUCGGUUCAGGUUACAGCAAGUAA